GCGUCCUCUCUGGCUUGCUGCGCACCCUCCCACAACGCGUCUCCCUCGGCUCUAACAAAAGGAGUCAGUCGGCCACGCCUGCGUCAUAAAGCCUGGGGGCGGGCCCAGCCGGCGACGGGAGGCGGGGAAAAGCGACGCAAAGAGUCGCGGCGCCAUUUGCUGCCGCCGAGCGUGGACGCAGGCGGAUCUCUGAAGAGCUCGGUCGCCAACCUCUCCCGCGCACGUUGCCUGGCCUCCAGCACCUACUUGGUCCCGCGCGCUCCCUCGUGUCGCCCCUCGGAGCAGCAGCCGCCGCGGUCGCCGCUACCCGGAAAGAAGUCAGAGACGCCGCGAGGUCGCCGCCACCGCCAUGCCCAAGAAUAAAGGUAAAGGAGGUAAAAAUAGACGCAGGGGUAAGAAUGAGAAUGAAUCUGAAAAAAGAGAACUGGUAUUCAAAGAGGAUGGUCAGGAAUAUGCUCAGGUAAUCAAAAUGUUGGGAAAUGGACGGCUAGAAGCAAUGUGUUUCGAUGGUGUAAAGAGGUUAUGUCACAUCAGAGGAAAAUUGAGAAAAAAGGUUUGGAUAAAUACCUCGGACAUUAUUUUGGUUGGUCUCCGAGACUACCAGGAUAACAAAGCUGAUGUAAUUUUAAAAUACAAUGCAGACGAAGCUAGAAGUCUGAAGGCAUACGGCGAGCUUCCAGAGCAUGCUAAAAUCAAUGAAACUGAUACAUUUGGUCCUGGAGAUGAUGAUGAAAUUCAGUUUGAUGACAUUGGAGAUGAUGAUGAAGAUAUUGAUGACAUCUAAAUUGAACUCAACAUUUUACAUUCCAUCUUUUCUGAAGAUUGUCCUACAAUUUGGAUUUUGACCAUGACAAAGAAGAUUAAAAUUUCAUUAGCAUGAAUGCAAUUUGUUAAAGCAGACUGAUUUGUUUCUAAGAUAUUUUUGGUUUUUUUAAAACUGAUAAUAAUGCUGAAUUAUCUUAAGUGAGAUGUUAAGCCCACUUUGUUCUUUUAAUGUAAUGGAGCUUAUGGGUAGAAGACCAUGUCUACUAAUUACAAAAAAAAAAAAAAAAAUGCAUUGCUGCUUUUCCUACCACUUCCAGUAAGAAAAUGGGUGUUUUGAAGAAAUCAUUUGCCUUGUCCUCACGGAAUCUGAUUAAGCCCUGGCCUCUUGAUUGUAUAGAAUCAUUGUGUAUAUUCCAGUUACCUAGAUAUUCCCUUGAGAUUUUGAUACAAUUUGAGGGAGGCAGAAGUCUGCAUUUGAAGAAAAAAAAUAAGUCUGUUUGUCAUAUUUAAGUAGCCUGUGGCUAUUUUUAUACUGAUUUUGAUAUCAUGUUCUUUUCAUAGUCGUAUUUUGCCACCGUAAACAUAAAAAAAAAAAAAAGAUUUCCAAAAUGCCGUUUUCAGAACCUGGGUUUUAAUAGCAGUAUUGAAUUUGUAAGCUUAGUAGUUGCAGAAAUUGAACACUAGGUGGCACUCAGUUAUCUUAACAGGGGAAGUACUGAUAUAAUUGUUGACUUUUCUUUUACUAUGUGUAAGAAAUACCCCAAACAUGAAAAGAUUGUUUUGAUCAUGUGCAUGUAUGUAGAAUAUUUUUGCAGAGCAGAAAGAUUAUGUUAGAAGUGUGAUUUUUAUUUUCAGAAGUCAUAUACAUGUAAGCUACAAUUUUGAGUGCUUUAUAAACACUUAAGAUAUAUAUAAAUUUUAAUUUCAUAGCAACUUGUAAAAAAUAAAAUACUUGUUGAAAAGCCUUUUUCAACAUAUCCCUAAGCUAAGGGAAGAGGAAGGAAUAACAACUCAAUGAAAAGAUGGUCUCCAAUUUCUGAAUGAAAAAGCUACAGCUGAGAAAUAAAAUAAAAUGUCAUGCUGCAGAAUAUGUUAUACCCUUAUUUUGUGUUAAGGAUAUAUUUUAUUAUGUGAAUGGUUUUGUUUUUGUUUUUUGUUUUUGUUUUUUGCUUGUAUUGGGAAUUAGCUUUACUGGUAACUUCCUUAUUUAGUUUUUAGUGGUCAACUCUAAUAAAAUGAAACUAGGGCUGAGCUAGUUAGCCCUCACUAGCCAAACUGAAACUGUAUGCAACAUUAAAAGAAGAGAUCCAUCAUGUAGCUUGUGACACUUUUAUUUUAUUAGUCACCAGGGAACUUCUCAGUGAUGAAAAUACACAGGGUAAUAAACCUUCACAUGGCUUCAAAAGGAAAACAAGCAAAUCUUCUCUAAUCUACUCUUACUAUAAUUUCCUAAGUGUACACCAAACUCUGGAUUUAAAAAUCUGAGGUACUAUAGAACAUUAAGUUGAAGAAUGGAAAUUAAGAGUACAUAUUCAUGGUUUAUAUUUCUUAUUCUAUGGAGUUCGUGAACACAUCUAGGUGGAAUGCAUCUGAGACUAAGGGCUGGUUUUUAAUCCUCAUAAGAAACCAGCCUUGAAGAAUUAACAGUUCUCUUCAUUGGUAUUCUAAACAUCCUAAGAUAUUUAGGCUUCUGUACAUAAAAGUGUUUUUGCUAAAUUUACAGUAUAUAUAGAUCCUUUCAUAUUAUUUUACUAAGAAUGUUUGAACUUUGCAUAUUUGAUAUAGUUCCUGGUAGGAAUAGCACAGCUCAAACAUUAGUUUUUCUACUUACCUCCUCUAACACGUGGUUUGUCUGGAGAGUUUCUAAAAAUUCAGCUAUAACCCCAGUUCAUGUAUUUACUGGUGAUUGUUCUUGCUGAGGUAGUAACAGCCCAAUCUUGGGCUGUUAAAUCCUAGGAAAUCUCGAAUCAUAGUGAUUAAAAUAGUUGGGGUAAAGUUGUAGCUUAUAUGCAAUACUACUUGGAGGAAUUCUUUUACUAAUUUGUAUUUAAUGUGGAAAUUGUAUAGUUUCAUUGAUUUAAUCAUAAAUAAUGGAAAUGGUCUUCAAGAAGUUUUAUUUUUCAUUUUUUUGCUUAUACACUCUGAUUCCUAUAAUACAGUGCUAUAAGCUAUGCACAGAAAAUAAAAUGUUUGAAAUCCAA